UCUUGGGGAUAGCUAAUGAUAAGAACAUCAGAGCCAUCAGUACGGCUUUUCUUUUCUUUCUCAGGCUACGCAGACAUUUAAGAAUGAAGUACUUUAUCCACCUGUUUGUGCUUCUGUGUUUGGCUCAUGAAAUCUCAGCUGUUGGUGUGUCGAUCAAUAAAAACACCAACAAUUUUAAGUUGACCACUAAUGUCAAUAACACAAUUUCCCUGCACUGUGAAGUAUUCAACAAUAUUGGGAACGAAACUCUGAUCUGGUAUCGCGAGAAGAGUCAGGUGGACAUCAAACCUGAAAACAGUGUGAACUCCAGCUACGUCUGCAUUUCUCCAGCAACACAUAAAGACGAUGGAGUCAAAUUUACAUGUCUGUUACAGAGUAACAACACAAUCAAAGUGACAGCAGUGUUGGACAUCAAAUUUUCUCCUAUGCUGAGUGGAGAUGACAAUGUGACUGUGGAAGUGGGGAAGACAGCAGAAUUGACUUGUAAUUUCUAUGCCAAUCCUCUGGCUGACAUGUUCUGGAGGAAAAAUGGAAAUAUUAUCCCCAUGGUGAAAUCCCGCUACACACAGUACCUGACCAGUGACUCCCUGAAGCUCAGCAUUAGCAAUGCGGAUAAGAGUGAUGGCGGGAUAUACACCUGCCUGGCCCGCACUAGCAUGGAGGAAGUUACUAGAGAUUUUAUUCUGGUGGUAGAAGAUAGGAAGGACGUGCUCCCAAUAGAAGCGAUUGCAGCUGCGGUGGUGGUGGGAGCCCUUAUCAUCCUUUUUGGAAUGUUUGCACGGAGAGAGAAAAUACUGAAACAUUGCAUGAAAACUCGCGAGAGGUCUUUUCAGCAAACGGAAUAGUGUGCGUCCAGUUGACGAGUGGAUUUGGUGGAUGUUCACAAUACAUUUAUUGCCAUUUCUCCAUUAACAAAGCACAUUGUGUGUAGAUACAGAAGACCGUUUUUAUAUACGCUUUAUAAUAUGAGCUUAAAGGGAAACGGUCACUAGAAGCUUUUAACAAAACUAAAUUAAUUUCUAAGAUGCUUUUUGUUCUGCAAUCUGUAUAAUUAAAUUGAGAUAUUUAGUUUGACUAUUUUACCUCUUGAAAGGUGGUGGAACUAUUAAAUCAUAGUAUCCCAACUUACUAAAUCCACCUGACCUAAGCACCUAACUUAAGGCCAGGCGAGAGAAGAAACAGGAAAGACGGCUAUUUCGUUCGUAUACAAUCUUAUUUUAAUCUAUAAACACCAGUUUUGCAUAUAGAACUGUUAUAGAUGCCAUAUGAAAAGGUUUUUUUUUUCUUGCAUUCUCCCUUAAACAUAUUGUACAUCUCUAUCCAACCUCAGUGAGGCUUGAAACCCUAAAGAGCAUAACGGUUAUUUGUACAAAAUGUGCCAAUGUAAAUUUUAUGCCGAGUGGACUUUGAUCGUUAUUUUAUUGUGCAUAAAGACGCAGAUCCUUUAAUCCCUGUAUAGUACCCAAUAAAAGAAAUCAGGUGGAAACUUUUACAA